CACACAACGAAGUCACUUGUGUGAAGAAUAGGCCAGUGUUUCUUGAGUUGUGGAACGCUGGGAGAUGGAUGAACUGAAGGAGGGCAACCAGGAAGCUGAAAGAAAGGAAAGGAGGCAUGAAAAUGGAGUCUUCACAUUUGUUGAUUGGGUGGAUGUGGUUUUGAUGUUGCUAGGCACAAUCGGGGCGAUUGGAGAUGGGUGUUCCAUCAACUGCCUUCUCCUCUUUGCCAGCAAUGUCAUGAAUAGCUUAGGUUAUGGCAAGGCUCAAGACAACCAUCCAGAUUUCAUGCACAACGUCGAAAAGUACUGUCUGUACUUUGUCUACUUGGGAUCGGCAGUCUUGGUGGUGGCUUUCAUGGAAGGGUAUUGCUGGAGUAGAACAAGUGAAAGACAGGUGCUACGGAUCAGAUACAAGUAUUUGGAAGCUAUUCUCAGGCAAGAGGUUGCAUUCUUUGAUUCACAAGAAGCCACCACAUCAGAGAUCAUUAACAGUAUCUCCAAGGAUACUUGUCUCAUACAAGAGGUCCUGAGUGAGAAGGUACCUCUUUUUAUCAUGCACUCCUCGGUCUUCGUCUCUGGUCUGGCGUUCUCCGCUUACUUCUCGUGGAGACUCUCCCUGGUAGCAUUACCGCUUGUCCUGCUUCUGAUAAUUCCAGGCCUCAUCUAUGGCAAGUAUCUUCUCUACCUUUCGCACAAGUCCCGUGAGGCAUAUGCCAAGGCAAAUGGGAUCACAGAACAGGCUCUUGGUUCGAUAAAGACCAUCUAUUCUUUCACUGCUGAGAAGAGCAUAGUGGAGAGAUAUGCCGCUAUCUUGGACAAGACUGUGAAACUAGGAAUCAAGCAGGGAAUUGCAAAAGGCCUUGCAGUAGGAAGCACCGGCCUGUCUUUUGCCAUAUGGGGUUUUCUUGCGUGGUAUGGGGGCAGGUUGGUCAUGUAUCAUGGCGAGAGUGGAGGCAGGAUUUAUGCAGCUGGAAUCUCGUUCGUCUUGGGUGGACUAUCCCUCGGCAUGGCACUCCCCGAGGUAAAGCACUUCACAGAAGCAUCGGUCGCGGCAAAGCGGAUACUGGAGAGGAUCAACAGAUUACCUCGGAUCGACGCUGAAGACCCCACUGGCAUCAAACUGGAUGGCAUACAUGGCGAGGUUGAAUUCGAUUCCGUCCAAUUUACCUACCCAUCGAGACCAGACACUGUCGUCCUCAAGGAUUUCAACCUUCGGGUCCCCGCCGGAGAGACCAUCGCGCUUGUAGGCACCAGCGGCAGCGGGAAAUCCACCGCCGUUGCGUUGCUGCAGCGAUUCUAUGACGUGGAUGUGGGAACGGUGAGGAUCGACGGUGUGGAUAUCAAGAAGCUGCAGCUGAAGUGGCUCAGAGAGAAAAUGGGCUUGGUCAGCCAGGAUCAUGCGCUCUUCGGGACAUCGAUAAAGGAGAACAUCUUGUUCGGCAAACCUGAUGCCACCAUGGGCGAGAUUUACGCAGCCGCCAUGACUGCGAAUGCUCACAACUUCAUCAGACAGCUGCCUGAAGGCUAUGACACCAAGAUUGGAGAGCGAGGAGCACUUCUAUCGGGCGGCCAGAAGCAGCGGAUUGCCAUUGCCAGAGCUAUCAUCAAGAACCCUGCUAUCCUUCUCCUUGAUGAAGCCACGAGUGCGCUCGACUCGGAAUCAGAGAAGCUGGUACAGAAUGCUCUCGACCAAGCUUCCAUGGGAAGAACAACACUGGUGGUAGCUCACAAGCUCUCCACCAUAAAGAACGCAGACCAAAUAGCGGUGGUUGAUUGCGGCAGGAUCGUCGAAAUGGGCACCCAUGACGACCUAAUCAAUGACAGGAACAGUCACUACUCGCGACUGGUGAAAUUACAGAGGAUAUCGAGCAAUAUCGAUCAAGAACCAGAGAGCUUUAGGCCUUCUUCUGUCACGAGAAGCAGUGCGAGCCGCCUCAGCCUAACCAGAGCCAGCCCAGCAUCCUUCUCGGUGUUCUCCGAAGACCAACCCUCCACCACGUCUUCUUCUCCUGCUCCGUCCUUCUCCAGGCUUCUCGCCAUGAACUCGCCAGAAUGGAAACAAGCCAUAGUUGGCAGCAUCUCAGCAAUUAUCUACGGUUCCAUACAACCCAUCUAUGCCUUCUCGAUCGGUGGCAUGAUUGCAGCAUUCUUCCUUCAGGACCAUGCUGAGAUGCAAGCUAUUAUUCGUCGGUAUUCCUUGAUAUUCUCCUCCCUCUCGGUGGUGUCCAUCAUCGUCAACCUCUCACAGCACUAUAACUUCGCAUACAUGGGGGAGCGUCUAACAAAAAGAGUCCGGCUACGGGUGCUCGAGAAGAUUCUGACCUUUGAAGCAGCAUGGUUCGACGAAGAGUCUCACUCGAGCGGCGCAUUGUGCUCGCGAUUAAGCAAUGAGGCCUCCCUCGUCAAGACACUGGUCGCCGAUCGCAUAUCCCUGCUGGUUCAAACCGCAUCCGGCGUGGUGAUCGCCAUGACUAUGGGAUUGAUAGUAGCUUGGAAGCUUGCUCUGGUCAUGAUUGCCAUCCAACCCUCGACGAUGAUAUGCUAUUAUGCUAAGAAGGUGGUGUUGUCCAGAGUAUCAGUAGGCAUGGCGAAGGCCCAGCAUAUCAGCACUCAGAUUGCCAUAGAAGCUGUCUACAACCACAAAAUGGUCACUUCAUUUGGAUGCGCAGAUAAGGUGCUUGGACUCUUUAAGCAAGCCCAGGAGGAGCCCCUUAGAGCCUCGAGGAAGAAAUCAUGGGUGGCCGGAAUUGCGACAGGAAGCUCGCCGUGCCUUUCUUUUCUGUCAUGGGCAUUGGACUUCUGGUACGGAGGGAAAUUGGCACAGUCCGGUGAGAUAUCGGCUGGAGAUGUGUUCAAGACGUUCUUCAUCUUGGUAAGCACCGGCAAGGUGAUUGCCGAAGCCGGUAGCAUGACUUCCGACCUGGCCAAGGGAGCAACUGCAGUAGCUUCGGUGUUCGAGGUGUUAGAUAGACAGUCCUUGAUUCCAGGAUCUACCAAUAUGGAUCGUCAAAGUGAUGAAAGGAAGUUGAAGAAGAUACAAGGUAAGAUCGACAUCAGGAAGGUGGAUUUCGCGUACCCGACGAGGCCGCAGUGCCCCGUGCUGCGAGAAUUCAACUUGGAGGUGAAGGCAGGGGCGAGCGUCGGGCUGGUCGGCAGGAGCGGCUGCGGGAAGUCGACCGUCAUCUCUCUGAUCCAGAGGUUCUACGACGUCGACAGAGGAGUCGUCAGAAUCGACAACACAGACGUGAGAGAACUGGACAUCAUCUGGUUCCGGGGAUUCACCGCGCUCGUCAGCCAAGACCCUGUCAUCUUCUCCGGCAGCAUCCGCGACAACAUCGCCUUCGGAAAGCCGGAAUCCACCGAGGAUGAGAUCGUUGAAGCCGCAAGAGCCGCCAAUGCGCACGACUUCAUAUCAUCGCUGAAGGAUGGAUACGACACUGACUGCGGGGAGCGAGGAGUGCAGUUGUCAGGGGGGCAGAAGCAGAGGAUCGCAAUAGCGAGAGCCAUCGUGCGCAAUCCCACCAUACUGCUGCUGGAUGAGGCCACCAGCGCACUGGAUGUGCAGUCCGAACGAGCAGUGCAGGAGGCCCUCGACCGGAUCAUGGUGAACAGGACCACCGUCGUGGUGGCCCACCGCCUCAACACCAUCAAGAAGCUCGAUUCCAUUGCUUUCGUAGGGGAAGGGAGGGUGGUCGAGCGUGGAACCUAUGCUCAGCUGAUGAGCAAGAAGGGAGCUUUCUUCGACCUCGCUGCUCUAUCUGCAUGAUGCAGGAAUCAAUACAGCUUCAUAGAAUGCGAUGCAUUCAGCAUUAUUAGGCAUCAGCAAAUAAACCACAAGAGAGAGAGAGAGAGAGAGAGAGAGAGAGAGAGAGUUUAACGAUAUGUGAUCUGAAAUGGUGGAUAGUUUCCAUGACAUGACAUGUCUUCUCCAAUUAACGAUACAGCAAAGGUUUUAGAAGCAUGUCAUGAUUUA